GUCUCUGAAUCUCAGCAUAAAAGCGCCACAAGAGAGAGAGAGAGAGAGAGAGAGAGAGAGAGAGAGAUUGGAGAUGGAGACCCAUUCUCUUUCGUUUUCGUGUGCUAAUCUUCAGAGCCGAUGAGCUCGUUCGUCCGUUUUCUAUGUUCUUUCUAAUCAUAUAGAUCAAAGUCAGUUCUCAAAUCUUUCAUUUUCUUUCCUUCUCUUGCCUAGAAUUUCAUUCUUUCGUUUUUUCUGUUCUGCUUCGUCAGCUUUCCCUGUUUAAUCUUCUCUUUCGUCUUAUUGUUUUGGUUUCUUGUUUCUCCUUGUUGAUCGAUUGAGCAAUUCAACAUUCUUAGCUUUUCAGCAAGGAUAUCUCUGAGAAUUGAUGGAGAAUGUGAUUUCUUGUAGGGUGAUCGCGGGAAAUCAGGAGUCAGGACAUAUUUGAUGGAAACGAGCAGAGUUGUUGUUAGAUGAGAUUUCAGAAAACGGAAGAGAGCGAUCAAUGCUGGCUCAUACCUCGUGAGAUCAGUGCUUUCUGCCCUAGUAUUCCGACAUUCAGGGAAUAGCCGAAUAGGAGAAAGCAAGAAGUGAAGACAUCUAAAACGAGUGGUUCAACAUGGACGGGAACCGACAGAUGGAGGUUCAUUACAUCGACACUGGAUUUCCGUACACUAUUACCCAGAGUUUUAUGGAUUUGUUCGAAGGUCUUACAUACUCUCAGGCGGAUUUUCCUCUUGCAGCAACUAUACAUGAUCAGGAGAGUGCAUACUGGUCAACGCAUGAAAAUUCAUACAAGUUUGGAACAUCAGGUCCAGGGAGUACUUCAUAUUAUAGUGAUAGUUAUACCUAUGAGUUAAAUGAUCAUGUACAGAGAAUAGAAGCAAGUGGGCAGGCCUGGGAUAAUGCUGCAACCAUGAACUAUGAAGAUUUGACACCCACGAAUAUGCAUGGGAGAGAAAAUUCUGGGGCAACUAUACAUGGCAUUAGAAAUCAACAUGAUCCUAGUAGUUCUCAGACGUUUUGGCAAGAUAAUAUUGACCCAGACAACAUGACUUAUGAGGAACUACUUGAUCUGGGUGAGGCAGUUGGAACCCAUAGUCGAGGUCUCUCCCAAGAGCACAUUUCUCAGCUUCCAAUAUCAAAAUUCAAGUGUGGGUUCUUCUCAAGGAAAAAAUCUCGAGGGGAACGAUGUGUGAUUUGUCAGAUGGAAUACAAAAGAGGAGACCGGCAGAUCACUCUGCCUUGCAAACAUGUCUACCAUGCUGGCUGCGGCGCUAGAUGGCUCAGCAUCAAUAAGGCAUGCCCAAUUUGCUAUAGAGAGGUAUGUGGCAACAAGGAAUCAAGGCAUUGAAACACUCUUUCCAGGAAAAAGGAAUAAUGUCCUGUGGUCUGCUUUGGCUGCUUCUACAUGCUUUACUUCCGCAAGCUCGGAUUUCUACUUAAUGGAGUUACAUGCAGAUUGCAGUAUUCUCAUUUUCUUUUUUCCUUUCAUACGUUGUCCUCUUGUGGGACUAGCUCCACAAUAAACUGAAAGUGAUCGAACAAUUUAGACCUGAUCUCUCCACUUGAAGAAUACAACAUACCGAAUUUCCUGUUGAAUAUAGAUUCAUUUGUUGUA